AUGACCGGAAAAAACUUCGACAAAUGGCUGAAGGAUGCAGGAGUGCUCGACUCGAAAAACAUCACCACAACAAUGACGGGGAUUGCUUUCAGUAAAGUAGCCGGGGAGGAGGAGGUUGUCUGGAAUUAUGAGCCUGUAUGGAGUUUACUAGAUACUGAAUUUCAUGCAGAUUCUGGCCCUAAAAAGAAGACAAAUUUUGAGGAAACUAAGAAGGUUAUCAUUGGAGUCGCAGAAGAUCGCGCUCGGCAAAGCAAGAAAACUGUGCAG